AUGGCGGAAGGCAUGCGGGAAGCCACAGCGGGCCAUGUGCGGGAGGUGCUACGGCGCCAUGGGACUGCAGGCCUCCUGGCCGCCGACCGUCUCUCCCUGCUGCUCUAUGUGACCAGCGACGGGUGCCAUGAUGAACUGCGGGGUCUCCCCCUCUUGCCUCGUGCUGAUGGGACCUUUGUGGCCUUUGGGACUGCGUCAGCCAUUGUCUAUGUGGACACAUCCGACUGCCCCAGGGAGCUCCUGCCCGGCUUGGCCGGGUCCUUCCUGCCCUCAGACCUGGAGCCAGGCUUGGACAGCCUCCUGCGAGGCAUUGCCAAGGCGGGUCUCUUCCCCAACCUGGUUCUGCUGGAUCCAGCCAUGACUGUCCAGACCCUACGCUUGGCUCUGCCCCCCACCUGGACAUCUCAGUCUUCAACCCCAGUGACCUGGUGCCCAUCCCAAGGUCCCCCUCAGCCCCCAGCCUCCUGGUUCCCAGCCCUGUGGCAAUUUCUGGCCCACCACGUGGAAGACCUAGGCCCUCUGGAGGGGCUCCCUCUCAUCCCGCUGUCCCCACUGGAUGGCCCCAGCAUCCAUCUGGCUCUGCUCAUACCCCAGUCUGGUCUUAUCUUCCAGGCAUGGGAAGACCAGUGCCUGCCACCUGCUGUGGCUUCUGUCCUGGAGGUCCUGGGUUGCUCAGUGGUGCCGCCAGGCACAUGGCACCGCUCCCUGUCCCGCUAUGUCUUUCCUCCAUCCCCCCUCAAUGCCCUGCGGGCCCUGGGCAGGCAGGGGGCUGCAGCUGUGGCCUCCCGCCUGGCCUCGCUGCCUGCUGCAGAUGUGGUCACCCUCCGGCUCUACCUGGCAGAUGUCCCAUCCCUGACAGAGCAGGACAGGGCCACACUGGCUGCUCUGCCCCUCUUCAGCCCACUGCCCUGCUUGGCCAACCCGCAGCCCACGGAGCUGGUACCAGCUGGUGCCACUCCAGUGCUGGAGCCAGAGCUGGAGCUGCCCAGAGAUGUGGUGCUGCCAAAGACCAUGUUGCAGUGCCGGGAUGAAGUUGAUCGGCAGCUCCUGGGGAGGCUCCAGAGCUCCUUUAUCAGUGCAGCCCACAUGGCACUGGAAGCCGUCAAAGCUGUGGCCCGGGGCGCCUAUGCAGGACGGGCGACUGAGACACAGGCUUUGCUGCUCUGGGUGCUGCAGCAUGGAGACAUCCUCUUCGCACAGAGCUCCCUGCUCCAGCAAGCCUGCAGCAGUCUGCCCUUCCUGGAGACUCCCAAUGGCCCCAUGUGCCCGCGAGACCUCUACGACCCCUGUGAGAGCACCUUGCAGGCUCUGCUGGGCCCUGAGCGCUUUCCUCCUGCCGCCUUCCACAGUCCCCCUGUCCUCUGUGCCUUGAGAGUCCUGGGCUUGCGGCACGGUGAGGGGUGCCUGGUGCCUUCAGACAUCCUAGAGGCUGCAGCAAGUGUGAGUCAGGAUAACGCAGUAAGUCUGGACAGGGCUCAGGCACUGAUCAAGGUCUGCAACUGCCCCAAGGCACUGGCUGGUUUCAGCGCUGCAAAGCUUGGGCAGCUCCAGGCCCUGCCAUGGGUUCCUCGUUCCAAGUGCACUGGAAACCCUGGGCAGCUCUUCCUGCCCCCCAAGGAUCUGCGAUCCACCCAGUACCAGCCCCUGGUGGGGCUUGUCAUGCACCUGACUGAUGCCUUUGUGCCAGAGGCAGAGAAGAUGCUGGGGCUGAGCCAGACUCCACCACCAGAGAAAGUGUGGGAGCAGCUGAGACAGCUGGCAGGGUGCAGGGACAUGGGUGAGGUAGGUUCUGCACUCCAGCCUGUCUACCGGCACAUGCAGGAAAACUUGAAGACCUUUGGGGUUGCCCCGGAUGAUGCUGUAGUGUGGACGGGGACUGGGUUUGUCCUGCCAUGUGAUGCUGUGCUGGGCUAUCCUGAGGAGCUAGAGCUGGAGCUGGGGAUGUUGGUGCCCCGGGUGCCCCCUGACUUCCUGCCCUACAGUUGCCUCUUCAGGGCUUGGGGGGUGGAGAUGAGGGUGAGUGAGGAGAGGGUGGUUGCAGCCCUGCGCUGCCUGGGGCAGGACAUAGACACACGCAGCUCCAGAGCUGGCACUGCAGCAGAGUUGCAGGUGGCUGUAGCUGUCCUGGAGUGGCUUAAGAGCCGGGGGCAUCAAGGCGAGGGCAUGGUGCCGGUUCCUGUGAGGAUCCUGGAGGGCUCGGGCUUUGCUCUCCGCCCGGCUGCCUCUACUGUGUACCUGGACAUGGAGCUGGAGGCAGAGGAGGAUGUUCAGGAGGUGGUGCAUGAGGCGGUGCCAUCCAGCACAGCCAUAUUCCUCGGCACGGAGCUGCUCAGUACACGGGUGCUGGGGCCGGAGCCGUUCACGGCCUGCAGCCUCUCAGAGCCCAUCACCUUACGGCUUCGCAACAUCCUCCGGGAGUACGGCGAGGAGAGCGACCUCUUCACAGAGAUUGUCCAGAAUGCAGAGGAUGCUGGAGCUACUGUGUGCCGCUUCCUGCUGGACCUUCGACGCUGCAGAAAGGCCACCUCUGGGUUGCUAGACCCUGGCAUGGCUGCCUGCCAUGGCCCAGCCCUCUGGGCCUACAACAAUGCCCUGUUCACAGAGGAUGACCUCCGUAAUAUCACACGGGUUGGGGCUGCUACAAAGGAGGGCCAGGCAGGCAAGAUUGGCCGCUUUGGGCUGGGUUUCAGCUCUGUCUACCGUGUUACAGACGUGCCGGCAGUGCUGAGUGGGGAGACACUGCUCAUCUUUGAUCCCAAUGGAACGCAUCUGGGCAAGCACAUCCCCAGGGCUGGCUGCCCUGGCAUCCGCCUGGACUUCUCCAACCGACCACGCAUCCUCCGUGCCUUUGCUGAGCAGUUCCGGCCCUACCAUGGUAUCUUUGGGUGCCGCCUGCCUGAGCCAGGGCCCUUUCCAGGGAGCCUUUUCCAUCUGCCUUUUCGCACUGAAGAGGAAGCUGUGACAUCACAGAUUUGCUCAGAGGCCUUUGGGAUGGAGCGCAUCCAGUCCCUUGGCACCAGCUUCCUUGGCUCUAACCGGCUCCUGCUGCUCUUCCUGAAGAAGGUGAGGGAGAUGUCCCUGGAGGUGCUGCCAGACAUGGCCACCUCUGCGGAGGAUACUACACAUUUGGCCACAGUCCAGCGAAAGGAGAUCCAAGACUUGGGGGCCCCUGAGGACCUCCCAGGCUGGGCAGCCAUUGUGCAGCUCACAGCCUGUGAGGAGGCGUCCAAGACCACAUGGCACUACCUAGUUUGGGUACGUCAAGAUGAUGGGGAGUUGCUGGAACUGUUUCACCGGAACACACAGGCAGGGCUCCAUCCUCUGCCUCCCAUGGCUGGUGUGGCCCUUCCCCUUGCCCUUACUGCAGAUGGCAAGUGGUUGCCACAUCUGGGUGCAGAGGAGGGGCAAGUCUUCUGCCACCUUCCCAUGCCAAUUGCCUCAGGGCUGCCAAUCCACGUGCAUGGGGCAUUCAGCAUCCUCUCAAACCGCAAGGGGCUGUGGAACAUGGCAGAGCGGGGUGAGUGGAACCGGGUGCUGCUCCGCAAUGCCAUGCCAGUUGCCUGGCUCCAGGCACUGGACCACCUCCGCACCAUGCACGAGGCAGCUGUGACCUUGCCAGAGCACGUGCAGAGGGGCCUCGGGAAGGCAGUGGAUGCUGGCACCUAUGACUGGCCCCGCUUUUACUGUGAGCUUGUGCUUCCCAACUUGGAAGACCUCUCUGCUGCUGACCGGGACUCACUGCUUCUCCAUGCGCUGGAUAUGUCCCAUGAUGAUGUGGACAAAGUGCUGCAGACAGUGCCCUGCAUUCCUGUCACCCCUCAUGGCCACCUGCAGCUCAUUAGUUGCCUGGUGCAUCCCAGAGGCCGCAUUGCCUCUUUAUAUGAUCCUAAGGAUGGGCGCUUCCCCACUGGGGAUGCCUUCCUUUCCCCAGAAAGAUUAAGCCAACUGGAGAGGCUGGGCAUGGUUAAAGACACAGUGACCCUCUCAGAGCUGCUGGAGCGGGCAAAGACAGUGCAACUUAUCUGGACCAAGGACCACGCCCAGGGCUGCCAGAGGGCUGCCUGCAUCCUUGAGCUGCUUCGCGAUGCAGUGGAAGGGAGGAUGAACAACACCAUGCAGGCAGCUUUCCAGACUGUGCCCCUCCUCCCUGGUACACUGCCCACUGGGGAACAUGUGCUGUUGCCAGCUGUCCAGCUCUACCAUCACAUCCAUGCCCCACUAGUGGGACUCAUCCACCCUGUCUUGGCUCCUAAAGUGCUGGGAGAAAACUUCAGCUUCCCCAAUGAGGUUGUGUCCUUCUUGGGCCUGUCCCGGCAGCCACCAGCAGCUACAGUCCUUCAGCAGCUGCAGGCACUGAGCUGUAGCUCCAACGCUCUGCCUUUGGAGAAGCUGCAGGACAGCACAAACCACUGCUACAGGUAUCUGAACAUGCUGCUCCAGAGCGAUCGCGCCAGCUGGGGUGAGGUGGCUUCUGCAGUGGCCCAAGGGGAGCCCUUCAUCUUGGUGAGCUCCUGUUUUGUGCCAGUCAUGGCUGUGGCUGAGACGCUGUCAUUUGAGGCUGUCCCAUAUCUUCACCAGCUUCCAGAGCAGUACCGGCCCUACAGCCAACUCUGGGAGUGUGUGGGGCUGCGCCGCACAUUCACCUGGGAUGAUUAUGCCCGAGUGCUCUGCAUCCUGGCACAGAUGCAUGCUGGAGAGCCGCUGCCUCCCACGGAGCUGGCUCUGGCCUUGCGGCUGGUGUCUUCUGGCUUGAUGGCAGAUGAUAAAAAGCCAGAUGCCUACCAGACCCAGCAACUCUUUCUACCUGACCAGGAGGGUGUUUUGCGUCCACGGGACAAGCUCCACUACAAUGAUACGCCAUGGAUGCCAGUGGACAGAGAUGUCCUGCUGUGCCAUGAACAGCUAUCCCGAGCCAUAGCCCUGCACUGUGGGGUGCCUACCACACGGCACCAGAUACUAGAGAGGAGCCGACUGCUCACUGCAGAUCUGAGCCUCUGGGCACAGCCAUUUGGUGCCCAUGAAGACCUGCCGACACGUCUGAAGAACAUCUUGGGUGAGUACUCAGCAGCUGCUCAUGAUAUGGUGAGAGAGUUGCUCCAGAAUGCAGACGAUGCUGGUGCGAGGCUUGUGCACUUCGUGUGGGACCGCCGGCAGCACCCAGUGGAUGCCACUUUCAGUGAGAAGUGGAACAUCCUGCAGGGCCCUGCUCUCUGCAUCUACAAUGACAACCCCUUCCAGCAGCAGGACAUUGAAGGCAUUCAGCGUCUGGGGGUGGGUGGCAAACAAGGCCGGCAGGAUGUCACAGGCAAAUAUGGCCUUGGCUUCAACACUGUCUUCCACUUUACUGACUGCCCAGCCUUCCUUACUGGAGACAGUGCCCUGUGUGUCUUUGAUCCUCAUUGCUGCUACGUGCCUGGAGCCACAACUGAGCGUCCUGGUGGGAUGUUCGCUGUCAACCCUGAAUUCAAGAGGACCUUUCCAGACAUUUAUGGCACCUUCCUACCUUCCCUCUUCACCCUGAAUGAGGGUGUCCUUUUCCGGCUGCCCCUCCGCACUGCACCCGGGGCUGCCGCGUCCAAGGUGUCUGGCAUGGUUGUGCGGGACCAAGACAUUGUGGCCAUGAUGACAGCGCUGGCUGAGGAAGGUGAGGACUUUGUGCUCUUCCUCCGGCACCUCCGCACCGUGAUCUUCUCUGAGAUUCCCCCAGAUGGGGAGCAGUUGUUGGAGAGGCUGCGGGUGUCCACAGAGCUGACAGAUGGUGAUGCAGAGCUGAGACAGAGUUUUCAAGCAAGAUUGAGCCAAGCCACGGAUGGGAACAGCCCCACCUCUGUCUCCUAUGUCAUGACAGUCAAAACCAGCAAGGCCAAGGCCAAGGCCAGCACCGUGUGGAGGGUGAUCUCCCAAAUUGGGGUUCAGGAGGGGGCUGAGGUGUCUCCAGUGCUUGGGCGGCUGCCCUGUGGGGCUGUGGCUGCCUGCCUGAAGUCACUGGGCUUGAAAAAAGUCACGGGCAAAGCUUUCUGCACCCUCCCACUGCCACUGACCACAGGGCUGCCUGUGCACAUCAAUGCCAACUUCUCUGUGGAUGCAGCCAGACGAAACUUCCGCCAGGACCCAGGCAGCACCGAGGCAGCCUGGAAUGGCUUCUUGCUCCGGCACUUGGUAGCUCCACUAUACUGUGCCUUUCUCACCAGGCAGUGGAAAGCCCUGGGGCCUGAAGGGCUCCACUUUGAGUCCCUGAAAGUCUGCCAGAAGCACCUGACCUCUUGCUACCUCCAGUUCUUCCCUACUGUGUCAAUGGCAAAUCCUACCUUUCAGGACCUGGUAAGGGAUGUCUAUAGGCACCUCAGUCACACACGCCUGCCCCUGAUGCCUGUGUACCACAUGAAGCCCCCUGGCAACAUGGUGACAAUCACCUGGGCAUCUCCAGGUUGUGGGGAUGUGCUAACAAAGCCGUACUUCCUCCAGGCAAUACCUGACACAGAUCUCCAGGAGGUGCUGCAGGACCUGAACAUGAACCUGGUGCCAGCAUUUGCCCACCUGCGGCAGAUCUAUAAUGAGUUCAUUGAAGCCCAUGUGGAGGUUGUUGCCUUUCAGCCAGUUUCUCUCCGGUGCUUCCUCAAGGCCUUGGCACUCCCUGUGCCCUGCAUGCUGGCUGAGACACCCCUGAAGACCCCAAGGAGCUGCUUCAUGCUGCUGAAACACUGCCUGGAGCCCAAGGGUGGGAACAAGGAAGAACUAGAAGGCCUGCCCUUGCUGGCCACACAAGAUGGCCGCCUAAAUGCCCUCAGCAGCCACCACCCAGUCUUCCACAACUCCUUUGCCCACCUCUUCCCCCACCACUGCCAUCUCUUUGCCAACGAAUUCAUUUCUUUCUUGACCUUGCCUUGCUUUGUGAAGGAGCUUGGCCUCCUGGAGGCCAUACCACUCAUCCAAGAGACACUGGGACAGCUGAACUGGACCACAGAGAGGGAGAAGUGGCUCACGGAGCUGUGGAAGUUCUUCAGCACUGUGGUCUACACAUCCACAAAGACCAAAGAGCAGUUGGAGGCAGACAUGAAGUCAUUCAUGAAUCAUCUCCAGAAUGUGGUUGUGCUGCCUGUUCAGGGGAACAAGAGAGGCUCGAACCACCUACUGCCACUAUCCUCCCUCCCCAACGUUCUUUUUGACUGUUUCACGGAUGUGGCCAAGGUGCUGCACAAACUGGGCAUCCCUGUGCUCCAGAAGUCCCUGCUGCCUUUAGACUUUGCCUACAAGUGCCUGGAAACAAGAGCACUGCAGGCCACAGAUCCCAUGGCUGUGGUGGCCCAGCUGGCAGACUCCAGAGAUAAUCUCCACUGGAGGGACUUAAAAGAGUGGGAUUAUGGUGGGGACUACGUACCUGUGGAACCCUACCGCAAGGUGCUGUUGCUCAGCAGGCCAUUACCAAAACUGCCUCAGGGUGCCCAAGCCCUGUACAGCCUGGAGAAGGAUAUGUUGCUGCUUACAGAAGACAUGAUCCACCAGAAGCUGGCCAAGGAUUUUCAGUGGGAGCUCGUAGAUGAACAGCAGCUCUUCAUGAAUGUCGUGCUGCCCCGGCUGUCCCAGCUCACAGUGCAAGAGCUCACGGAAGCUUUGCGCUUGUUCUUUGCUCUGCCACGCACCUCUGACUCUAAGUUUGAGGAAGAUGUUGUGGCAGCUUUUCGGAAUGUGGCCUUUAUACCUGAUGCCCAUGGUAAGCUGCGCCUGGCCUCCUACUUCUAUGACAACGUGCCCUCCUUCUGCACUCUGCGGCUCCAACACCGCUUUGUGCCUGAAUCUUUCUUUGCGGAGCUAGGUUACAACCGGACAGCUACUGAGAAAUUCCUGCUUCGGGCAGGUGUCCGCACAAGCCUCUCUCUGGAGGAUUUUGUGGCACUGGCCCUGGAGAUAGAGCAUGAAGCCACUCAGGCUGGGUGCCACACUGAAGACCUGCUGGUGCGACAGCAGGAGAUGCUCAAAAAGCUUGGCACCCUGUUAGACAAUCCCUUGUCAGAGGGCUUCCUGGGGCAAAUUGCCUCAAUCCGCUUCGUGCCUCCACUGGACAUCCCCUCAAACUUGAUGAAUCUCCACCCCCCUUUUGCAGCCUGCACUAAGUCCGUGGCCCUGAAGGGCAGCGUUUACCACUGCAAAGAUGUGGCUGAGCUCCUGUGGACAUCAGCCACCAUCCUGCCAAAGUUCUUUGUACUCAAGCAGGAACUCCUGGAGGCCAUGGGAGUCCUUGUAGAGAUACCCACUGCCCUGGUGGUGGCCAACCUGGAGCAGGUGUGCAAGGCAGCCUGCCAGACACCAGAGCAGGUGAUCACACGGGCCAGUGUGCUAAAGAAGGUGUACAACUUCUUGCAGACCCAUCUGAACGAGGUGGAUGCAGGGCGCCUUGCUCAGCUGCCUGUGGUGCUGGCCAAGUCAGGGGACAUGGCCAUGCCAUGGCAAGUGGUGACAUCGCUCCCGAACAAGGCUGACUUUUACCCCUAUCUCCUUAUGCCUGACCCUCGCAUAGCUGUCUAUGGCGACCUCCUGCAACACCUUGGGGUGGUCCUGCUCCCCACACUGACUCACUACAGCCGUGUCCUGGCCCAAAUCCACCAGGAGAGCUGUGUCAGUAGGACCCUCAACGCUAUCCAGAAGAAGACAGUCCUGCUGGCCACACAGCACUUCUUCCAGCUGUUGCAGGAUGCACCAGAGCCCCCUGAUUUCUCCACUGUGACCGAGCUGUACUUGCUGAGCACUGCUGACUGCCUAGAGUCAUCCCACAGGCUGUACUUCAAUGACUGUGUGUCCUCAAGUACCUCUAGGGCCUUGGAGAAGACUUUUGUGUUUAUGGCUGAACUGCCAGGGACAGGGUGUAAUGCCUGGUGGCUGCUGCAAAAGCUACCACAGCACCUGCGGCCGCGGGCAUUGUCAGAGGUUACAAAGCAGCAGCUGGAGGAGGGUACUCUGCGGCCAUGUCGCUAUGGUUCUCACUGCCCUGGGCAGAGGCAUCUGCAGACCCUCCUGGUAUCACCGUGGUUUAGGAUUGGGCUGGAGUCUCUGCUCCGGUGGCAGAGCCACAAGGCUAUGAUGAGAAUGCAGGGGGAUAGUAGCUUUGCAGUGCAGCAGCUGAAAGUGCAGUGCUGUGAGGACAUCCGCACUGUGCUCGUCCACUGUGGGGCAAAGGUGGAGGGCAGCUCCCAGUCACGGGCCAUCCAUGUGUGUUUGGCUGGUGGUGCCCAGCGGCUCCUCUACAUCCGGCAUGCAGAUAUGGUGCUGGACCGGCACCAGCUGAGGGUCCUGGAGACGCUAGUGCAGGAGAUCAAUAUCAUCCUGGGUGGACAAAUGGAGGCACCUGCCUUGUCAGUGCUGCGUGAAAUGCUGGUCUGCCAGAAGCCACGGGAUGUAGCCUUAGUUCUGGAGGAGAAUAAUGUGGCACUGGUGGGUGCUGCACCAGAGCUGGAGAAGACGCUGCAGGAGGAGACCGUGGCAGAGGAGAAGCCAUGGAAGGAUUGGCACAGCCUGAUGCCAGAGGUAAAAGAUGAUGCGGAUCACAGCCUGACAACCUUUGGGCAGCUGUGUGCUGUCAAGCGGCCAAAGGUGUUGCAGGACCUCUACCUUCGGUACAACCCUGCAAGCGCUGCCCAACACCAUUGCUGGGGACAGGAAAGCCAUGGCUCCUCGUUGUGCAAUAAGGAGGCCACGGCCCCAACUCCAUCCAUCCCAGAGGCCCAGCGGUGGCUGCGGCAGGCCCAGAGUGACCUGCAGGCAGCCAGCAAUGACAUCAGGCACUGUUGUCCCAACUGGGUCCUCUUCAAGGUGCACCAGGCCCUGGAGAAGGCGCUGGUGGCUGCUGUACUUUGCUAUGGUGAAGCCUUUGAGGCCUCAGUGGGGCUGGUGGGGCUGGCCCAAUGGCUGGAGGCAGCAGAGCCAAAGCUGAGGGGCCUGGCAGAGGAGGUGGAGUGGUUGCGUGGCUGUGGCAUGGAUGGCAAGGCCACACAGUACCCAAGUUACCACCCCUUCCCCAUCACCCCCAAGGAGGCCUUCCACAGUGUGGAUGAGGAGGAG